AAAGGCCAAACGGAGCCGCACGGUGCUGACCUGUCUGGACUUAUCCAGGGAAAGAUUUAAUGUUCGGGCUUAUCCUGGAAAGCUUGGAUGUUGUUUGUUGUUUUCCACAUUUUGUCUGGAAAAUCUAUAUCCAUGAUGCAACUGACUUUUACUUUAUAUUUGCAUUAUUUUUUAUUAUUCUGCCAGUUAUCAAUAUUAUUAUCAAUAAAGGACAGUUUAGUUCAAUAUUUCUACCCUAAAGUAGACCAGCCUAAAUGUUUGUAGCAUUUUUUUUAAUAUACCAUUUGAUAUUUGUAAUGUUGCCUCCCUUGUGUGUUAUUGUUUUACGCCAAAGGCACAUUUCCAUUUUAUGUGAAUUUAAUAGACAAUAAGUCUGAUGUAAGUGAAGUCAGAUGUUAGAAAUUAUGCAAAAUUUUGUGUAAAACAAACUUCACCAAACUUGUCUUUUAUUGAUAUUUCGUUUCAUAUAUCAUUUUAAUUACAAAAUUCUCAUAAGUAUAUUGUUUUGUAAUGAUGUUUUUACGCAGAGAAAAACCAAAUAAAUCAAGUUGCUGCUCUUUUAUUAAACGUGGAGCUGAAACCCAAUCAAAGUCACACCUAUUUAUAAUCUCCUAUUUCAUAUAUUUGAUGAAGUUAAAAGCUACUAAUAACUAAUAUUUCAUCACACAAGAGAGGCUUUGACUCACUGAGGGUUGAUGUAUUUGAUCAAAUAUUCAAUUGAUUUAUGGAUAAUUGUUAAUUUCUUGUCAUGCAGUACAAUUUCUGACAUUAAACUUUCUUGCAGUCGAAUCCAUUUGCUGCCAAAUAGAAAAAAUAUUACUUUAAAUUAAAAAUACUUUUUGGUUUGGUGUCAGUUGAAAUGGAUGCUGACAUAAAUUUAACGUCAUUUUCAUUUGUUGCCCUGCUUAAACCCAGAUUACCAUGGAAACCAGCCUGCAGUGGUUAAAGUUAGCCUGGUUAGUGGUCAGUGGUCACGUAAAGGUGAUGAGUCACAGUAGACUAGUCUCGGCAUGUCUACACACACACACACACACACAGUUGUAUGAUUGAAUCAGCUGGUACAGUCAGUUAACAAACACUGUGACACAGCUGCUGACUCAGAGUGUGUGUGAGAGACUUGGGCCUCAGUUUCAGACCAGGACUCAGACUCUGGUCUAGUCCUGACAUGUUUCAGCUGCUCUAUAAUAAGAGCGUGUGUCGCUCUGCUCUGUUUCACUCUGACUGCACUUUAUCUGCGUUUACUUUGCACAGGAUGAGGAGCUGCUGCUGCUGCUGCUGCUGCUGCUGACACUUUCUCUCUGUUUAUACUGAUCACUCGUCUCUGUGCAGGAAUAAAUCAGCGUCAUGAUGUCGGCCGACGAGGAGCUCAUCACCGACUCUGCUGACGAAAACAAACUGGUGAGACCAAAGCUUGAGUUUCAGUCCCUGCUACAACUUGCAGGAGCCACUAAAGAUGUUUUCACGAUGAAGGAGGUGAUGUUCUACCUCGGUCAGUACAUCAUCCAGAAGCAACUGUACGACCACAAGCAGCAGCACAUCGUCCACUGCUCCCAGGAUGCACUGGGUCGGCUGCUGGGUGUCGACAGCUUCUCUGUCAAAGAGCCACGGGCUUUGUUUGCAAUGAUUACAAAGAAUCUGGAGACUGUGAAGAGUCAAGAGUCACCACCGAGUGUGAGUGAAGAGCACAGCACCAGUCAGACAGAGGAGGUGGAGUCAGAAAGUCACUCUUCAUCACCAGACAGGAGGAGGAGUAGACAGAGGAGGAGGAGGAGGAGAAGGAGGAGCUGCAGGAGCAGUGACCCCGGCCCCUCCCACAGCUUAGAGAACAAUGAAGAGGAGGAAGAAUCAGAAGAAGAGGAGGAAGAAGACGGGAGGAAGAGGAGGAGGUCUGACAGCUACUCCCUGACCUUCGACGACAGUCUGUCCUGGUGUGUGAUUAGUGGCUUGGGAAGUGGGCGGGACAGACACAGCAGCCAAUCAUCUGACUCGCACAGCACCUCGACGAGGUCAGAGGUCGCGGUCCCGCUCACGGCGCCGGACUCAGACAGUGACAACUUCAGCGUGGAGUUUGAAGUCGAGUCCGUCGAUUCUGACGAUUACAACGAAGACGACGCCUCUGUGUCAGCUGACGACCAGGUGUACGAAGUCACCAUCUUUGAGGAAAACGGCGACGACGACGACUCCUUCGAUGAAGACACGGAGAUCACGGAAGCCGAUUACUGGCAGUGUGUGGAAUGCGAGGAGUUCAACCCUCCUCUCCCCAGACACUGUCGCUUCUGCUGGACUCUGCAUGAGGGCUGGCUGCCCGACGAGUCGGGUAACAUCGUUAACUCCUCCCCCUCCUGCCCUAAAGCCCUGCCCACAAAGCCAAACAGCCAAUCAGCUACCAAAGAAGCAACAGGUUCUGACGUGGAGGAAAAUGACGGCGUCGACGUUCCAGAUGGAAAAAGAGCAAAAACUCCUCUUCCAUUGUCACAGUGUCUGUCUGACUCCACCCCUUCUGCUCCUGACUCCGCCUCCUCGGCGCCCAGCUCCCAGGAUCUCCUCUGCUCUUCCCAGCCUUCCUCCUCCUUCGACUCGCAGGAGCUUCUCCGGUCGCCCCGAGUCCCCGAGUUGGAGCGCAGCUCGUCGGCAGAGUGGCGUCUGCCGGAGUCGUGUCUGGACCCGUGUCUCAUCUGUCAGUCCCGGCCCAAGAACGGCUGCAUCGUCCACGGACGGACCGGACACCUUAUGUCCUGCUACAUCUGCGCCAGGAAGCUGAAGAAGAGGAACAAGCUGUGUCCGGUCUGCAGGCUGCCCAUCCAGUCUGUCGUCCUCACCUACCUCAGCUGAGACUCUGUCCCCGUCCCUGUGUCCUCAACUACCUCAGCUGAGACUCUGUCCCCCGUCUGUCUGUCAGUCCGUCUUCACAUUUAGGUUUUUUUCCCACUUCAGGCACUUAGUGACACACACAUUAGCAACAGCUCCGAUUUUGUUUGUAUGAAGUUCUGACGAACAGUGAACUAUAAUAAACUAUAAUAACAUCUACGUCAGUUUAAGUCGACUCACUCACUCUCCCACACCAAAAUCAGUGAUUUUAACAUCACACACACAGGAUCCACUGCUGCCUCCAUCACUAAGUUCUAAAGUGACCACACGAGGCAGCAGAGGACCAGCAGCUCCUGUGUCCACGCCAGCUAAAAUCACUGAUUGCCUCUAUGGGCUUUGGUGUGGGAGAGUGAGUGGUUUACAAACUUCAGUUUCCUGUUGGAAAAGUGUGUCUCACAGUGAGAUAAAGACGUGAAACAUGUUCUUAAAGACAUCGUCGACUUAAAAUGACGUAGAUUUCUGACGCACAGUCUUUUGAUACGUGGCUAAAGUCAGUAUCUCGUACAACCACAGCAAAAAAAAGAUCAUUCUUUAAAUUUAGCCUCUUCAUCAUAAAUGACGUAUAUGAAGGACUGAUGGUCAAUAAAUAAAACACCUGGAUACGUCUCAUUUGGCUGUGAUGAAUUAAAUUUACAAUUGAAUUUAAUGCUGUGGUUGACGUUACGUCACUGUUAGUCAAAUGUGUAAAUUACACCAGAUAAAUGGACAAAACCUCAGAUUAUUAUGUCAUUAAGUUCCUUAAAUGGAAAAAAAAAAACAUGAAAAAUUUCUAUUUUUUGUUUUAAAAACCCAAAGAAAUUCCAUUUACAAGCUUUUUUUUUAAUCAUUAAUUUGCUGGACACAGUGUCUCAUCCAAACUGAACAUUUAUUCAGUGAUCUCAUCGACUUAAAAAAACACAUUAUUCAGUCCAAAUAUGAAAAAUAGCCAUAAGUUAUAAAACUAGUUGCUGUUUGCGUAACAAAGAAGUGAAUUUAACUGGUAAAUAAAACCAUAACUGAUGACAAUGACAAUAUUAGACUAUAUUUGUAGUUUCAUGGUUGGUUUUUGGAUUUAUCAAACUUUAACUAAAACAGUUGUGAUUUAAUAGUUUUUGGGGUUUUUUCGACUAUCAUUUAUGACACGAUUAAUAUCUGCUUUGUUUGUUUGUUUCGUCAAACCAGGCAAUAUUUUAUUUCACUGGUCUAUAAUUUAAUGUAAAGAAUUCUGUAAAUUCAGAGAAAAUGUGCAGACAGAUUAUUAUUAUUAUUAUUAUUAUUCUUGGCAGAUUAAACAGAUCAACUGACCUUUGAAACAAUCUUCACUUUGUCACAGCAGCUAUUUUUUUAUUAGUAUUCAAAAUCUCAAUGACUCACGUUUUUCCUGAAAAAAAUCAAAUAUAUACAAGUAUAAAACGGACCAAUUAAAUAAAUGUGUGCUCUUUAUUUUAACCUGAAAGCUCUAUAAUCUCCUCAUACUCAAACUCAAAGUUUCUUGGAAAGAAAAUAUGAAGUUUGAUCUUUAGAGAUUUAAUUAUUUGAAUUUUACCCGUGACGCCACGCACUGACUUUUCCACGCGUUUGUGAAACGUCUUUAUUUUCUGUUUUGUUCGUAGAGAGAGAAAAAAAAAACCUGUUUCUUUCCAGGAAACUUUGUGAAGAAUUGCGAUGAUGUGGCUCCGCCUCCGUGUGUGAUACAAAUACAUCCUGAAUAUUUAUUUGUUUAUUUAAGAUGCUUGGACGUUUAUUUACUCCGACACUUUACUAUCAGCUCUUUAAAUAAGAAAAUAAAUCUAUGAGUGACGUGUUUAAUUUCCUGUGUGUGAAUAAAGUUUAACGUGUUUUAUCA